UGGUUUUCUCUGUAUAAAAGUCUUCUUCUUUCCCCUUCAUUUUCUCCCACUAUCUAUCUCUCCCGCAGAAAGAAAACAGAUUUUCAAUGGCGUCGAUUCAGAAACAAGAAGAAGUUGAUCAGGAGAGUAUAAGAAACAACCCACCGUUAACGGUUUCACAACCACCACCACCACCACCACAAACACCGGGUGAUCCGGUAACUACAGAGCAGAAAGCACAAUCCAUACAACAAGUAAUUUCUCUGAUGAAAGAAGAACAAGAAGAAGUUAUAGAAGAUGAAAUUCACGAAGCGUUACCAAUUCAACAAAUUCCUCCAUUACAGAAAAAUACACAGAUAAAGAAAACGACAACAAGAGCAUCAACAAAAGAUAGACAUACAAAAGUAGAAGGAAGAGGAAGAAGAGUAAGAAUGCCAGCAACUUGUGCAGCAAGAAUAUUUCAACUAACAAGAGAAUUAGGCCAUAAAUCUGAUGGUGAAACUAUACGUUGGUUAUUAGAACAUGCUGAGCCUUCAAUUAUUGCUGCUACUGGUACUGGUACUAUCCCUGCUAUUGCUAUGUCUAUUGGAGGUACUCUUAAAAUUCCUACUACUUCUCCUUCUUCAAAUACUGUUAAUAACAAACAAAUACUCGUUGAUGUUGGUACUGCUGAUCAAAACCAAAUAAAAAAACGAAAAAGACCAGAAAAUAGUGAAUUCUUUGAUAUUUCAACAACAACCACCGAUGGAGUUUCAGUUUCUUCUGGUUUAGCUCCAAUUAGUAGAAUAACCACCAGUGCUACUACUGGGGUUAUCGGAGCUGCUCAGGCUCAGCCACCACCACCUCAAGGGUUUAUGCCUAUGUGGGCAUUCAGUAAUCCAUCAAAUACUGCUGGAACAUUUUGGAUGAUUCCACCCAAUUCUGCUAUUGCUACUGGUCCUGUAGUUUCAUCAUUACAACCUCAAUUAUGGAGUUUUCCAUCAACUGUAACUCCAUUAGUUAAUAUUUCAACUAGACCAAUUUCUUCUUUCAUUACCAUGCAACCUAGUAUUAUUCAACUUCAUCAUCCAGUAAUCCCUCCUCCUCCUACUAAUACUAUAUUUCCAAAUUCACCUGUUCCAAAAUCUUCAAACAAAUCCGCCAUGUCACCAGCUAGUUCAAGUACUCCUACAAUCACAACAACUACUACUACUCAAAUGCUUAGAGAAUUCUCCUUGGAAAUUUUGGAUAGACAAGAGCUUCAGUUAAUGGGUCGUAAAUAAUCAUUCAAUUUUUCAUUAUCUUCUUAUUCUGCCAUUAACGACCUCUGUGUAAAAUUGGCCAGAAAGUGAGAAACAGUGAAGAAUUGCAUGAGACACGUGUUUACCGGUGGAUGGUUAAAAUUCACACGUGCAAGAUGGGUAAAGUUUGGCGAUUGUAAUUUUCUUGAAAAAAUGGGGGUCAAGGUCAUUGAGAACCCAAUGCCUCUUCGUGCGCUGUGCUGGAUGGUUGAUUUUUUGUGACGUGGGACCAUGUGAGGUUCGACGAGGGCCCCAAGGUUAGUGGACGGACCCCUAUCUUCGAGGUGGAGUUGGGUCCACUUCCGAUGGUCCCCGAUAGGCCAACUGUUAGCUUUUCAUUAUGAGGGGGGAGAGGAGCUAGGCUGGCUUGCCGACACGCGUCUAGUGCUUCGCUUUACACAGGUGGGACUUGCUUGUCAUCUUACACUCACAACCAUCAAGUAUUGGUCGUUGGAUUAGAUCGUUAGGGAACUUCUUUGUGGUCUGUGGGGUAAAUAAUGUGACCUACAGUGUGGGGUAGGUUUGAGGGGUUGGAUGAAAUUUAUCUUUGAAAUUGAAAUAUUUUUGUCGUGUUUGAAAAUACAAAGGAUGGUUGAUGCUUACCACAACCAAAGAUAGUGGAGGUGGAGCCAUCUGAGCUCUUGUUCUACCACCACCAACUACAAGAGAUGUGGUUUUAAGGGCCCUUUUUUUUUGUUGGUGGACCAUGAAAUAAAUGUAAGUAUAAACUUGGAUGGACCAGUUACAUUUUAUACAAAGAUGCUUUGCUUAUAACUUACUUGAUUUGAUGGUGAGAUGGUCAAUAUUAAUUCUCCGAUUAAGAA